GUCUGCAAGCGUAACGGGUUUCCAAUUUAUUAAAAUGGACAAUAAAGACGACGAAUUACCCGAUAAAGAUGCAGCAAAAGAGUUUUAUGCAAGAUACGAACCCAAAGAAAUACUCGGAAGAGGUGUCAGCUCAACAGUUAGACGAUGUAUUGAAAAAGAAACUGGAAUGGAGUUUGCGGCUAAAAUAAUCGAUCUUAGUAACGAUCCCGAAAACAGAGAAGCUACUAUGGAAGAAAUAAACAUUUUACGAAUGGUCAUUGGACACCAGUAUAUAAUUCAUUUGCAUGACGUGUUCGAGUCCGAGACAUUCAUAUUUUUAGUAUUUGAACUUUGCAGAAAGGGAGAGUUAUUUGACUAUUUAACCAAUGUCGUUACAUUGUCUGAGAAAAAAACUAGGUACAUCAUGAGACAAUUAUUCGAAGCUUUGCAACACGUUCAUAAUCAAGGUGUUGUACAUAGAGAUAUUAAGCCGGAAAAUAUAUUAUUAGACGAUGCCAUGGAUAUAAAACUUACUGAUUUUGGAUUCGCUAGUGUUCUGAAACAAGGGCAAUUACUCAGAGAUCUAUGCGGGACACCAAAUUAUUUAGCUCCAGAAGUGCUAAAAGUUAAUAUGUAUGACAAUGCUGAAGGAUAUGGUUUUUCAUGCGACUUGUGGGCAUGUGGCGUGGUAAUGUACACAUUAUUAAUUGGUUGUCCUCCAUUUUGGCAUCGUAAACAAAUGAUUAUGCUGAGAAACAUUAUGGAAGGAAAAUAUUCAUUUGAUUCUCCUGAAUGGCAAGAUAUUUCUGAAUCUCCAAAAGACUUAAUUCGGAAGCUUUUAGUUCUGAACCCACACGAGCGACUUACUGUUGAUGAAGCAUUAGACCAUCCAUUUUUCAAAGUCAAAAUGUUCGAUCAGGAUAUUGCUCCGCUCAAGAGAACACUUAGCAUGAAAUCGACGAAGUUUAACCAAAUCUCUAUAUUAGCUAAACAAAUUAAGGUUCGGCCUUUUAACGCUCGAAAGAAGUUCCUAUACGCAAUAUUAGUAGUUCGAGUUAUGGUACGACUAUUACAUUUGUUGCCGUGUUCGACUGGAAAAAUAUCCGUGAGUUUGGCCAAACAAGAUCCUUAUAGGCACAAAGUCUUGAGAAAACUUAUUGAUGCGAUGGCGUUCAGAGUUUACGGCCAUUGGAUAAAGAAGGGCGAAGGUCAAAACAGGGCAGCUCUCUUUGAAAAUACUCACAAGACUGAACUGAAAGUGAUAUACAUGAGUAAUUUAUCGCCAUCUUUGUAGAUUGGUAUUCAAAAUCAUUUUAACGUUUUGUAGUAUCUUCUUUUAUAAAAAAGAAGCUUACAAGGUAUUAUGAUUGAAAUUCAAUGCUGCUAGUGCCUUCCAAGUAAAAUUAUUAUGUAUGUGUUUUCUGUAUUAUUGAUGUUAGAUGUUUUAAAAUUUAACUUUAAAGUACUAGUCAAUUAGUUAUAGAAUAAUGUCAUACAUUUUUUAACUUUUUUGAAAAAUUUAGUUAUAUUUUAAAUCACAUAAAAAUUAUAUGUAUUUAUCA